AUGGUUGUUGACUGGUUGCUCCAACAGUGGGCGCCUAAGCUCCAAUCUAAACCCCGCGUCAGGAUAGCGUGUGAUGGGUUUUCCGCUCUUCUCAAUACCUUUGGUGAUCAUCGAGUCUCCCCUCACCAGGCGCAGUUUGACCUGGUCUCUUCCCUCCGCGAGGCCCUUGCGCGCUCCAAAGCAUUGUGGGAGCCUAGUCAUGUGUAUGGUCACCUUGACCGUGCUACGUCCUUUUCGUCCCUGUCUUGGUGGUCCAAAAGGAAUGUUGAAGUGGAUAAUUGGGCAGUGGCAUACCGCCAUCAGUUGGAGGCUUCUCACCAACUGAUUGCACCCAAUGCCCGCUUCUUUACUGAGUUGGCCGCUCUCUACAUCGGAGGCGUUAAGCAGUCUCGAUUGGAUCCAGACUACAUCCAAGAGCUGGUUGAGCUUCCCGCCCUCCGCAAGAGGUGGCACGAGAAACUCACGGUCACCCCAGAGGCGGAGUAG